CUGAGCUGACUGUCCGUUACGUUUAAUAAUUAACACGUUCGUAUUUUUAAAGAUUCUACCGUUCGUAUAUUUGAUGCAAAUGGGGAACCCCAGGAUUUUUGUCACUUCCUCAUUCGUAGGUUUUUCUUCGAAGAACACAAUAUUUCGCGUUGUUUUCGACAAAAUGGUGGUAAUUAAAUCGGGAUAUACCAGUGAAUAACCAAUGACAUAUGAAAGGUUUGUGAUUUGAACUGCACUUCUGUGUGCUUAUGAAAAACAGAUCACUAAAUUUUCAGUUUUUUGAAAAAAAAUUGAGAUGAUUUUCUGGGCUUAGACUUUUCGCCCUACGACUAAAAUUUUCUGAUUUUUGAGUCAUUAGCACAGUUAAUGUGAAUCAAUUUCUGAUAAUAAAAGUGUGAUGAAAUUUUCAGUUAAAUUGACAUUCAGAUGUUAGUGAAUGGCUUCAAAAGCAAGUUCAGUCGAGAAUACAGUAGGAGUGCUAAAAUAUGCAACAUCAUGAUAAGACCUUAAUACAACAAAAACACAAUGAAUGAAAUCACAUAACUUGUGAUAACAUGCCGCAGUCUAGUUCCCCUGCAUCAAGAGGAUCUGGACCUCUUAGGGGGUCGCAGAAUUAUGUGUGGUAUGAAUCUGAUGCAUUAGGACAUGGAGCAACUGCUACUGUGUAUAGGUGCCGAGAAAAGAAAACUGGCCUACAAUAUGCAGUAAAGAUGUUCAACCCCCAAAGUCAUGCACGACCCCAAGAUGUUAAAGUCAGAGAGUUUGACGUGUUGAAAAAGCUUGACCAUGACAACAUUGUUCGUCUCUUAACCAUUGAAGUUGAGCAAAUUACAAAUGCGCAUGUGAUAGUGAUGGAGCUGUGUACAGGGGGUAGUCUCUAUAAUAUAUUAGAUAGUCCAGUGAAUGCAUAUGGUCUAGAGGAAGAUGAGUUCCUGCUCGUUCUGCAGCAUGUUGCCGCUGGCAUGAAACAUCUCAGGGAUAAAAGUAUUAUACAUAGAGACAUUAAGCCUGGUAACAUUUUAAAGUACAUAGCAGAGGAUGGCACAUCUAUUUAUAAACUCACAGAUUUCGGUGCUGCCAGAGAGCUUGACGAUGAGCAGCAGUUCAUGUCCUUAUAUGGAACUGAGGAAUAUCUGCACCCAGACAUGUACAGUCCUGCUGUCUUGCGGCAACCUCUCUUACAACAGUUUGGGGCAAGUGUUGACCUCUGGUCUCUGGGGGUCACAUUCUACCAUGUUGCAACAGGACAGCUUCCAUUUAGGCCAUUUGGAGGGAGAAAAAACAAGAAGAAAAUGUUUGAAAUUACAACCAAAAAGGCUUCUGGUGUGAUAUCAGGGGUCCAGAGUACUGAAGGAGGCAAUAUUGAAUGGGGAAGGGAAUUGCCCAAAACCUGUAGAUUAUCACUGGGUCUAAGGAACCUGAUCACUCCAGUACUGGCCCGGCUUUUGGAAGGGGACCCUCAGAAGUCAAUGACAUUUGAUCAAUUGUUUGAGUUCACAUCAUCUCUUGAUGAAAAGAUGGUGAUUUAUGUGUUUAGUGCCUGUACUGGGAGCUCUAUUAGUGUAUAUAUAGGCAAGAAUGAAAGUUAUGCAAAAUUCCAAGACUUAUUGGCUGAACAAACUGAUAUUAAAGCUGAGUGUCAGCAUCUCCUAUAUGAGAACCAACCCCUACAAACCAUAGUGCAUGGGACACAAACAGCAGACACUUAUCCUCCUACAUCACAGGAUAUGCCUAUAUUUCUCUACAAUAAAGAAUUUAUGGAGUUCCCAAAGCUAACAGUCUGGAAUAUACCCAAAUUCCCUGUUCCUAAGCCAGGCCUGAACCUAAGUGAAGACUAUGCCUUUACUAAAUCCUGCUGUGGAGUCCUACAUCACAUUAAAAGGCAGGUACAGCUCUAUAUGGCCAUGCAGAAACUCAUACACAGAUCUGUCAAGAUGUACACGUGUGUAAUAUUAAAUGACACACAACACAUCAAAGAUUACGUAGAUCACUUCACUAUAAAGCACAAAGAAACUCAGAAACGAUUUGAAUACUUCAAAGAUUCAUACAACAUGCAUGGGAACAUGUGGAAAAACAUGUUUUCCAGGACUGUGCUCCCGCAAAACGUAAUGGAAUCACAGGAACAGAUCGAGAAGCUCAAAAAUAGGAUUGACAGAUCAAUUCCGACACAAAAGACAUUGGAUGAAGAGAUGUCUACUGUAAACCACUAUACCAAGGACUACUACCUGAAGAUUGUAGUGAACAAUGACUUCACAGCCAGGUGGAAUGAUAAACUUGGCUGCAUUGAGUCUGAUAGGUGCAAGAGCAAAGUUAACCACCUUGUGGACCUAGUAACACAAACAAUGGCUGAGUUCAAAAGAGACAGAGAAAAUGCUAAAAGCCUGACAUAUAAUGAUGAACAAAUUCACAAAUUUGAAAAGAAUCGUUUGGAGGAAAACUGUGCCAAAGCCAUGUCUGUCGUGACUGAACACUGCUAUAAAAAUCUAAAAACAACUUAUAAAAAAUUUGCGGAAUGGUUUGAAAUGGGCUGCAAAGUGAGAUAUAAGAUUUCAAGACUUGAGAGUGAAGUCACGAAGAAGCAGAAAUCUCACAAUGACUUCACAAAAAUGGUUGACAAAGUUCAGAUGGAGUACCAAGUCCACAUGGGGAUUAUAGGAGACUUUGCUUAUCGUAAGAAUCCCAAGACCGGAAGUCUUCCCACAAGAAAUGAGCAAAUGGCAAGGUUUAACCCAAACCCAUCAUUCACCAUAAACUCUCCCCUGCCAGAGGAGAGUAUAGGAACACUGAUAAACGUCCAAAGAGGGGUGGAUUCUAUUCAGAGUGAUACAAUCAAAGUAACGAAAGGAGUCCAUGAAAACAAUGAACUUUUGGAAAGAUUAAAAAAUUUGCAAAUGAAGAAUACAGAAAUGGACAAUGGCCUUGCUCCAGAACCCUUCAUAUCCCAAACUCCCAACACAUCUUGACCGUAACCCCCAGGAAGAUGCGACACAUUUGUAACAUCUUGACUAUGGCCAGAUAAUAUGUGACACAUUUGUAACAUCUUGACCAUGG